AUGAAGAAGUUGCAGCGAGAGGAAUUACUGGCUCUACGGCCGCUACAAGGGACCACUAUUGGAAAAGAUAUUUUUGCCGAGGUGCAAAGACUUUGGGGACUUCACAGAUUUGAGAAAAAUCCAUGGUCAACGAAAGUUAGACCUUUUAGAAGACUGAAACAUUUCGAAAAUUUGCAGUUAGGCGCUUUAGAAAAGAAAGGGAAAUUAACUAAAAGGAUGAUAGGUUGUUGUUUAUCAUACCUUGAGAGAUCUCCGUAUGAUAUGAAAUAUGCUUUAUGCAAGUGCCAACUUGCUGAAAAGGGAAUCAGAGACAUAUCAGCACUAAGAUCGUACCACUAUAUUCAGUAUUUGGACCUAUCUCACAACAGAAUAACAACUUUGGAACCUCUCAGCGAGAUGCCAUUUUUACAAUACCUGAACGUCUCCCACAAUUACAUUGAAAAUCCUUUCGAUUUUAAAGCGCCAUUGUACCUGACAACUGUUAAUUAUUCCAAUAACAGAAUUGUAAAAAUACCCAACUUAUCAGCCCUAUGGUCCAUAACUAGUUUGGAUUUGUCUUUCAAUUGUAUACGAGAAAUCAAAGGAUUAGAUAGUUUAAAAAUGUAUUAUCAGAGGAGAGUGAUGAAGACCUUCAGGACGACCCAUAUGAAGAAUCUCCGGACGAAUAUUUGCCGUCAACCCCAUCUGAAAGCUCCGACGAGGAAUAUGAAAGACGCCAACCCAAAAAGCAGAAAUUUGCUGACAAAACAUUUAUAG